AUGCUGGGUGGUGAGUUGGGGGUUGUUGGCGUCGGGUGGCGCAUUAUAGGUCAGGUGAAGGUGGUGGUCGAGGCCAUCUGUGGGAGGCGAAAAAGGCGAGGCAGGUGGAGGAUGGCUGGCGACAGCCGGAGUGAGGAGGGUGGCGGAACAAGGUCAAGAGGGCGGGUCAGUGAAGGUGUUGGAGGCGGUUGGAGGGACAUUUUGGAGGCGCAAGAGGGGCGUGGUGGGAGGCGUCGGCAGCCGCAAUGCACUGAAAGGAGGGAUGAAGGAGGGCGUUUGGGAGUGACGGGGAGGCGACAAACGGAGAAGGGAGAUGACAAAGCAGCGAGUGGCAAGUUUGGUGUGGCUGCCGUUAAGCAUAACCUAAACCUAAACCUUGAAAUUGAAGGUGACGCCGGUAGUACUUCUACGUCGAAUGUGAGUUUGCUACUGGAUGGCUAA